AUUUUCCACAGAGAGCGUAUGCAAUCUUAUCCUAGACCCUCAAUGGCGCUCUACAGGUCCUGUGGCGUUCUCAUUUCGAGCCCAGCACUCGCUCCCUCCAAAACACCAAUCUCAACCAUUCAUCUUCAACGUUUCCCAACAAUUUCCUCAAAGCCCAUAUUCAAAAACAUCACCGCAAAGCCACUAAGAGCCACGAAGACACCCCAGAAGUACGCGUACCCUGACCCAAUCCCCCAAUUUGCAGAAUCUGAGACCCAGAAGUUCAGGGCUGAGCUUUCCAGGAAGCUGUUGAAGGACAAGGAGACUUUUGGGGAUGACCUCCAUAGCGUCAUAGACGUUUGUUCACAGAUAUUCAGUGAGUUCUUGCUCAAGGAGUAUGGAGGACCUGGGACAUUAUUGGUGGAGCCUUUCACUGAUAUGCUGGUUGCUCUCAAGGAGAAGGAAUUACCAGGAGCACCUUUGGCAGCAAGGGCAUCACUGUUAUGGGCUCAAAGCUAUUUAGAUCAAGACUGGGAAAUUUGGAACUCAAAAUCACCAAACUGAUGUUUCUUCAUUUACAAUCCACACAAGUCUGAAUUUUUCAUUUGGUGUUGUAUUUCUCCAGAUCAUUUAUAUAUUUAUAUCAAAAACAAAAAGUUGUAAAGACCCAAAACUCACACUUCUAAUACAAUGUCAGAUUCAUUG